UUAAAUUCGAAGUAGAAUAUUUUUGUGUUCGGUCAACAUUAACCAAUAAUUCUAAUUAUUGUUCUCUUCUAUCCAUUGAAUGAACCCUCUUUCAACAAUUUCUCAUAAUAUAAAGGAUAUAAAUUUUACGUUCACCUUGUAUUAGAAGUUUCAAAUUCGUGUCAUUUAGUUCAAAUUGUGUAAUCAAAUAUAUUUAGUAAACAUUAUUUAACUACUUAUUAGUAGUUUGAAAUUUAUCGCUAAAAAGAAACACACACUAUCACUUAUGUUACCUAAUUCAUUAGAUCAGUUAUCGGAAAGAACUCAAAUUCAUGGAACAAAUACUAUUACUAAUCAUAAUAGUAAUAAUAAUAAUAAUAAUACAAAUCAAUUUAGCGAUUUUCGUCUAGGGAUUAUACAAUUAUUAAAUCAUAGUACAAUACAUGGUUUAUCGCAUUUAUCAAAAGCAACUAAUCAUAUAAAUCGUUUCAUCUGGUUUAUAUUAUGGUUAAUUGGUAUGAUUGGAUUUUUAAUUAAUUUAUCAUAUAUUAUUGAACAUUAUUUAUCUUAUCCAAUACUGACUAGUUAUAUUAAUGAUUAUGAAGCAUUUCAAUGGCCUGAUAUUAUAUUAUGUAAUGCAAUGGCACCAUAUAAUGUCUAUGAUAAACAAUAUAAUAUAUUAUGGAAUAAAUAUAUGAAUUUAGCAAGGAAUCUAUCAUUGCAUAUACCAAAUGAUUUAUUUCUAAAUAUAGAUGAUAUAGAUACAAAUGAGAUUAUAAUACAAUCAUUAAUACAUUCAACAAUAUCUUAUUGGGAAUUCAAUAUUGGCAAUAUUGAUAAUAUGUUUCAAUUUAUUGCAAUGGAUAAUGGUUAUCAAGGUAUACGUUUAUCAGUUGGAUUAGAUGACAAUUUAGUUAUGAUACCAAUACCAUUAAAUCAAUAUUUUUAUACACAAAUAUUACAAAAACGUUAUAAUGUACCAUGUUUUAAUUUUCAACGACGAGGCUCAGAGCAAAAUAAACCCUAAGCUACUCAUUCAUUCGACUACAAACAACACUAUCUUACUUUUAUUUACUAAUCAUUUCGUCAAUUCCCAACCUUUCACUUUCUUCGAUUUGAGUUCCACUUCUUCACACACACACACACACACACACACACACUCAAAUUCAAUCUAGCCAAGUAUUGAUCAUUUCAAAAAUAGAAAGUCAAGUACGCCACUAAAGCUGAAUUCAUGAGUCAACUAAAGACAGACUACUAUGGAAAACCUGAAAAUACUGAAAGGCCGUUUCGUCCCAAUAUUGUAAUCUUCAUCAGUGCACAUUUACGAUCCCUCCUCACAGGAUUCGAACCCAGGAGCCAUUGGUCUCACACACAAACUUUUAACCUCUAAACCACUAAGCUGGUCGGCAUCCAACCAUGUUCAUAUCUAAAUUCAUCGAUACAUAUACAUAUAUAUUUUAAUAGUUGAGUUCAUGAGUCAAUUAAAAAUAGACCACUAUGGAAAAUACGGAAGUACUGAACAACCGUUUCGUCCCAGCACUAGAUUCAUCAUUGGUAUGCAUUCACGACCACACAAGCGGGACUCGAACUCAGGACCCUUCAUUCUUACGCGCCUACGCUCAACCUCUAGGCCACUGAGCUGGCUGGCACACAACAGUGUUGGUGUCUAACUUCAAUCAAUCCAUAAUAUAUAAAUAGUAAUAGUUAAAUUCAUGAGUCAAUUAAAGCUAGGCCACUAUGGAAAACCUGGAAGCAUUGAACAGUCAUUUCAUUCCUAGUAUGGUUCUCCUCAUCAGUGCACAUCUACGAUCCUGUCCGCUGAAUUCGAACCCAGAACCUGUUGGUCUCGUACACAAACCACUAACCUUAACCGGUAUUCAUUUAUGUUUUUAUCUUUCUUUCUGUUUAUUCUUCUUCUUCUUCUUCUUCUUCUUACAGAUUUCACGUCAUUUAAAUAAAACCAAUUAUCAUCAUAUAGAAAAACUUGCUUUUGGUAUUAAAUUUAAUUAUCAAAGUUAUUUAAUUAUUAAUUCAUCUUAUACAUCUCAUAUGAUUGAUUUAUAUAUCACAUUACCAAAUCAUUUCCCUAAUAUGAAUUCCAUUGAAUUAAUACCUGGUUAUAUAAAUCAUAUUAAAUUAGAAAUGUUACGUAUAAAACGUAUCAAACACCACUAUUCGCACCAUCAUCAUCAUCAUCAUCACGAGCACCAUCACGAACAUCAACACCAACAUCAAUCAUUAUGUAAUGAGAACAAAUUUUCAACAAUUAUCUAUGAUGGUGAUUUAAUUAAUAAACGUUUAAUCUAUGGUUCCAAUGAAUUAUGUCAUCGUAUAUUAUCACAAUAUUUAUAUUUAAAUGAAUGUCAUUGUUAUAGUCCUUUCUUACCUUAUGGUUACUAUGGUAACAUACCCAUCAUUAAUAAUAAUCAUAAUAAAACAAUGGAAUAUCAUCAUCCAGCUUUAUGUUUAAAUAUGUCAUUAUAUAAUAAGAAUCAAUUAAUUGAUAAUGUGAAUUGUAUGUAUCGUGUCUAUCAAAAAUACAAUAAUCUUAGUUUAUAUAUGAAUUUAAUUGAAGCGAAACAAUGUGAUCUUUUACAUCAUUUACCAUAUUGUGAUCAUGUUUAUUAUCAAAAUUUUGGUAUACAUCGUAUUAUUAUGAAUGAAUUAUGGAGUAAUACAUAUAAUGAUGCAAGAGCCACAUUUUUAAUUCGUACAUUUCGUGAUGUAUUUAUUAACAAUACUACUACUAAUUAUAAUACUACUUAUAAUAAUACUACUGAUAAUACUACUUAUAAUAAUGAGAAAUUAACAACUCAACAAAUUUUAUUAGAAAUGCGUAAUAAUUUUGGUUUAUUAAUUAUAGAACGUAAUAGACCACAAGGUAAAUUAGUAAGGGAAGAACAAGAAUAUUCAUUAGCACAAUUAUUAUCGGAUAUUGGUGGUAAUAUGGGUUUAUGGAUUGGGAUCUCUGUUAUUGGUUUAUUUGAAUUUAUUGAAUUAAUUAGUUUUAUAUUAUAUACAUUAUGUAAUUAUAUCAUUCAUUUAUGUAGAAAAAAUUGAGAAGAUAC